AAAUUUAUUUUAUAAAACAAAUUAUUUUAGAAUAAUCUUAAAUAACACAAUGUAUUUUUUUAUACUCCUAGUAUUUCUUCCAAGUAUUGAACAGAAAAACUUGAAAAAAUAUUCGGUAACUGAAGAAACGAGUGAAGAUGGAUUGAUUAGUAAUGAAAAUAUAAAAUGGAUGCUUCUACCAAACGGUCGAGGAGAUCCACAGCUGGCUAUAUUAUCAGGUCUUGAGCGAAAUUCUGAACAGGAACCAUUAAUUGAAAAUAUAAAAUUUUAUUUAUAUACCAGGGAUAAUCCUAUAAGAGCUGAAGUACAAUCUAUGGAUAAAAACUGCUUACCGAUUUUCAAGUAUUUUCGACCACAGAGAAAAACUAAAGUUUUAGUUCAUGGAUUUGGUGAUAGUGCUUCAGAUUCAAUUAUGUUUCCCCUUCUCAGAGAUGCAUUUUUGAAUUACAACGAUUACAAUAUUUUUACUGUCGAUUGGUCGCAGUUAGCGGCUAUUCCUUGGUACAAUUCAGCAGUGAAAAAUACAAAAAAUGUAUCGAAACAUUUAGCUUUAUUCAUUGAACACAUGUCCACAUCAACUGGAGCUCACGUGGAAGAUUUUCAUUUGAUUGGAUUUUCUUUAGGAGCUCAUGUUGUAGGAUUAACUAAUACUAAUAUAAAAUCUGGAAGUGUGAAGCAUAUUACAGGUCUUGAUCCUGCUGAAGUAUUAUUUUCGAAUGCUGGUCCUGAUCAACGUCUUGAUUAUAGUCAAGCUAAAUUAGUUGAAGUAGUACAUACAUCUGGUGGAUUCCUCGGAUUUAAAAAAAGAUUAGGUCACCGAGAUUUUUAUCCAAAUGGAGGUAAUUGGCCUCAACCGGGAUGUGUAAUUGAUUAUGCUGCGGUCUGUAGCCAUCGAAGGGCAUACUACUACUAUAGUGAAGCUAUAAAUCGUAGUGAUGCAUUUGUUGCAUUACCUUGUGAAUCUUAUGAAAAUUUUAAGAAUGGAUUAUGUUCAAACAAUACAGAACUAUCCGUUCAAUUGGGUAAAUCACCAUAUGAUAAAUUGAAAGAAGGAAAUUAUUAUUUAAAUACAAAUUCAGACUCGCCCUACGGAAAGGUGAGUAAAAAUAAGUAUUAGAAAUUAACGAAAUUCUCUAAUUUUGUUUAAACAUUGUUUAAAAUGUUGUAUUGAAUAUAUUAAACUUGAAUAGAA